CCAAGUUCACUUUAAAAAAUAAAUUUAAAAAUGUAGGAGAGGAUUAUACAUGGAAGAUGAAAGGGAAUAAAAAACAUUUCAAAGCAUAGCAGCAAAAAGCAGGAAGGCUCUCAACCUAUGAUCUCCAAAAUGUCUUAUCUUCAGGAAUAAGAUUCUGGCCUGACAUCCCUAGAUUGAUCUAGUGAGUUAAGUACUUCUGAUUGUCCUCAUUGGUGGCUGUCUUUAUAUAUUGGUUCAUUGCCGGGGUAUUGGAUCUCGUGGCUUCUUUGGAGAACUGAACCUAAGAUAUGGGCUCUCGAUUCCCCUCUCAUCAGUUGAGCAAUGGUCUUUAUGUAUCGGGCAGGCCUGAGCAGCCGAAAGAGAAGACUCCAACAAUGAGCUCAGUUGCCAUGCCGUAUACUGGAGGUGAUAUUAAAAAAUCUGGAGAGCUAGGUAAAAUGUUCGACAUCCCUACGGAUGGCUCUAGGUCCCGCAAAUCAGGUCCCAUAAACAAUGCUCCAACAAGGUCAGGUUCUUUUGGUGGGGCAGCUUCUCACUCGGGGCAGUUGAAUUCCGUGAGAAGUGGCUCAGUUUCAGCUGGUGGGGUUUCUGGAUCAGUUUCAUUAAAGAAAACGAAUUCUGGCCCACUUAAUAAACACGGUGAGCCAUUGAAGAAGUCGUCUGGUCCGCAGGGAGGUGGAACUGCUGCAUCUCGCCAAAAUUCGGGUCCUAUUCCUCCAGUUCUGCCAACCACUGGCCUCAUUACGUCCGGGCCUAUUACGUCAGGUCCUCUAAAUUCAUCGGGUGCUCCACGCAAAGCCUCUGGUCCUUUGGAUUCUACAGGCUCAAUGAAGAUGCAUAAUGCUUCUUUAGUCAAUAACCAGGCUGUUACUCAUCUUAGCCAGGAUGAUGAAUAUUCAUUUCGCAAGAGCUUCCCAAAGCCAAUUCUUUGGGCCAUCAUUCUCCUCUUUGUGAUGGGAUUUAUUGCUGGUGGCUUUAUCCUUGGAGCUGUUCGCAAUCCCAUUCUACUUGUUGUUGUUGUUAUUCUUUUUGCUGCAGUUGCUUCUGUAUUCACCUGGAAUACGUGCUGGGGAAGAAGAGCUAUUACUAGUUUUAUAGCUAGCUAUCCAGAUGCAGAGUUACGAACUGCAAAAGAUGGCCAAUUUGUCAAGGUUUCUGGGGUUGUCACCUGCGGAAAUGUUCCUCUUGAGUCAUCAUUCCAGAGAGUUCCUCGAUGUGUUUAUACAUCUACAAGCUUGUAUGAGUAUCGGGGAUGGGAUUCGAAAGCAGCAAACCCGACACAUCGUCGCUUUACCUGGGGCCUCCGGACAUUAGAGAGGCAUGUUGUUGAUUUCUAUAUUUCUGACUUCCAAUCUGGUUUGCGGGCAUUGGUCAAGACUGGCUAUGGUGCCAGGGUAACUCCAUAUGUGGACGAGUCUGUUGUGGUCGACAUCAAUCCAUCUAACCGUGACAUGUCUCCUGAGUUUGUCAGAUGGUUAGGAGGAAGAAAUCUUUCUAGUGAUGAUCGCCAAAUGCGUCUCAAAGAGGGUUAUAUCAAAGAAGGUAGCACUGUGAGCGUUAUGGGAGUCGUGCAACGGAACGAAAAUGUAUUAAUGAUAGUCCCCCCAUCAGAACCCUUCUCAACAGGAUGCCAGUGGAACAAAUGCAUCCUUCCAGCCAGUCUAGAAGGGAUCGUGUUGAGAUGCGAGGACACAUCUAAGGUAGAUGUCAUACCAGUUUAGCAGUUUGACAUUCACUGAGUUGGUUCGUUUCGUUACGAGGAAAAACAAGAAACAACCAAAAGAAAUAUCGUUUCUCAUCAAAUGGAUGGAAAUCAAAGGUGAGUCUAGUCUUGACCAGAUGUAUAGUUUUUCGCGUUUCUUUUUUUUCCGUGUGUGUUUUUUUCGGUCUCUUUCGGGUCCAGGGGUUAUAUAUAUCUCGGUAUGUCAUCAGUGUGAAUUAUUAUAGUACAGUGGAGGGUAAACUGGGCGAUUAACAAGUUGAACAUUCAUUUUUCAUUUUCAUUCAUCAUUUUUUCCCUUAAUUUUUGGUUAGAGUUGCUUUGGUCAAUUAGAAGUGUACCUUUGCUCAUGAAUGUUUAUUGGCUUGAGAUAUUCUCUGUGGCCUUUUUAGGUCACUUUUUUUGCAUUUGGUUGGAAAUGAAGUACUCCUAUGUAUUAUUGUUCA